AUGGCGAGUAGCAAGCCACUCUCAGAGCUCACGGUUGCCAUCACCGGCGCAGCAGGAGGACUUGGCAAGGCGAUCGCCCAGGCCUUCCUCGACGCUGGCAGCAAGGUCGCCAUCUGCGACGUCAACCAGGAGCGGCUCGACCAGGUCAAGGAGGAGUGGAAGGCGCACGAAAGUCGGGUCCUCGUCUCCCGGACGGACAUCACCGACGAGGCUGAAGUCGAGGCCUUUGUCCAGGGCGUCACCCAGAAGCUCGGGGGUCUCGACAUCUUCAUCAACAACGCGGGCAUCAUGGACAAGUUCGACGCUGUGGCCACGACGCCCAAGGCGGUAUGGGACCGUGUCAUAGGCGUCAACGCCACCGGUGCGGUGAGUAGCAUAACAUCCUGAUCUCGAGAGUGACCUGUCCUCCAUCAUGUGCUGAUCGUCUUGGAAAGUUCCUGUGCACCAAAUCCGCCGUGAACGUCAUGCUGGCCUCCGGCACGGGGGGCACCAUCAUCAGCAUCGCCUCCAACGCCAGCAUAUACGGCGUCGCGAGCGGGGUGGCCUACACGGCGAGCAAGCACGCCCUGCUCGGCCUGGUCCGCAACACGGCCGGCUUCUACGGGGACAAGGGCGUGUACAGCGUCGCGCUGGUGCUGGGGGGUAUGGACCAGACCAACCUGGUGGAUGCGUUCCGGGAGGGCAUCAACAUGGAGAUCCUGGGCAAGAUGAAGGGGUUCCUGCCGGGCUACGUCCCAGGCGAGACGGGCGUCGAGCCGGCGGACGUGGCCAAGUACUGCGUCUUCCUGGCGGAUCGGGCGGUUGCGCGGGCGAGCAAUGGCGGGACGAUCAAUGUGAAUAA